AUGGAUGACAUACAGUUUGAAGAGGCUGCCAGGGUUGGACAAAUUAUUACCAUCAAAGCAAAGGUGAACAGAGCGUUCAAAACCAGCAUGGAGGUUGGCAUCAAGGUUACAGUACAGGAUGUUUUGACUAAUGUUGAAAAAAUUGUGAGUGUGGCAUAUGCAACAUAUGUAGCCAAACCAGUUGGUGCUGGAAAGAUUGAAUUGGAACCUGUAAAACUUCUUUCUGCAGAAGACCACCUGGAGCACACCCUGGCUAUUGAGAGAAGAAGGAUCCGACUGGGCUAUGAACAGGUCUUUCAGAACCUAAUGCAGGAGAGUAAUAAGGAAGAUUCAUUUGAAGAGGAAGGUGCAGUUUCAACUGAUCUUACUCAUGUACAGAGUAUUGAGCUUGUCCAGCCUCCUCAUGCAAACCAUCAUGGAAACACAUUUGGUGGCCAGAUCAUGGCUUGGAUGGAGACAGUGGCAAGUAUUUCAGCAAGCCGCCUUUGUCGUUCAUAUCCCAUCUUGAAAUCCGUUAAUAUGUUUAAAUUCUGGGGACCAUCUGUCGUGGGUGACCGCCUUGCCUUCAAUGCAAUUGUGAACAAUACAUUUCAGAACAGUGUGGAGGUUGGUGUUCGUGUUGAGGCUUAUAACUGUGAAGAAUGGAUCAAGGACCAAGCACGGCAUAUUAACAGCGCGUUUCUCAUUUUUAACACUGUAAAUGACAAAGGAGAGCUGCUCACCUUCCCCAGAAUCAAACCUACUACAAAGGAUGGUAUGAGGCGAUACCAUGGAGCUAUUGCCCGAAGGAGAAUUCGACUGGCCAGAAAAUGCAUGCUGUCUGCUAAGGAAGACAAACCUUCUGAUUCCUGGGAGACAAGCAACCAGGCAUAUGUGAGUUACAGCAAUAUAGCUGCACUGACACACCUAGCAGCAAAACCAGGAUGGGAAAUAACCAGUACACUGGAUGAUAUAAAAAUAUGGACUCAUGAGGAGGGUGAUGUGUUGUCAUUCAAAGUAGAAAUGCAAGUGAAGAUACAAUCACAUCUAGCUUUCUCCCUUUUGUCUGACUUCACAUUCCGCCAGCAAUGGGACAAACAUUUCUUAACUUGUAAGGUCCUCCAGGCUGUGAAUGAAGAUGAGAAAAUAUAUUACGUUACAUCUCCACCCGUGACUGGCCAUAAACCCAGAGACUUUGUGAUUCUUGUGUCUCAGAGGCAACCCUGUAAGCCAAGCGAACCCUACAUAGUAGCUGUAAAGUCAGUUACCCUCACGUCUAUGCCACCUUCUCCAGAAUACUGCAGAAGUGAAGUCCUUUGUGCUGGAUUCCAGAUCUACAAUGACAACGGCUUCUGUAAGGUGUGUUACUUCAAUCAAGUGACAUCAGGUGUUAUGCCUUACUUAGCUGCAAAUCUUACUGGCUCAUCAAAAUCCAUUGAAGACACUGCUUUGGAAUGUAUAAAGUUCUUGGAGAUGAAAGGCAGGAAGAACUGGAUUUAA